AUGCGGACAAUAGGCGAUUCCGUAACUGAGGCAGCAGGUCCAGAAGGAGAACUCGAUGGGACUGCGUGGACACCAGGCACUGGAGUUGCUACAGUUUGCAGGCGUCGAGUCACUUAUGCGGUUACGGAGCUGACGAUCUCUUGGAGCUGUUGGGGCGUGAUAGCCGAGGCUGGAGCAAGAGGAGCAGCUGUUGCUGGCCGAGGAGAACUGGACGAAGGAACCGUCGUGGUUGUUCCUGAGGCACGCGGCGCUCGAGCGCGAUGGGAACGGCGUGCUGGUGGUACGGCUACCGAUACUGGUCGCUGA